UGCUUUGAAAACACAAUGCGCCCUCUGUACAAAAAUAAAAGUUGAUCUGCAAUAUCCGUCAGUGACGGUGUACGGCGCCGCUCCAGAUAGCGCCGAGAUGAAUGAUUGCGCGGUUUUAACGAUGCUCUGCCGCUAGGGCGCCCCUCCCGCGCGGCCGGCACACGCAGCCCGAGAGUCUCUCUCUCUCUCACACAGGCCGUGUUUACCUCUCGGAAGCCCCGGUUCUGUGUGUGCACGGAGAGCUAGAAAGGGGGGCGUCGUGCAGGAGAAUUUUAAGUCACAAGAAAAGAAGAAAAAAGGAGAGUGCGAGAGAGAGAGAAAGAACGAGGAAAACCAAAAUCACUCUUCCGGAUUAUACAAAUGUGAGGAUUUCCCAGCGUCGCUCUCUGGUGUCUACAAGAUUCGCAGGUUCCUCCAACUUGCCUCCCACCCAAGAUAUAAAGGAAUAAGGACACCAUGUCACGGACAGCAAAGAAAAGGCAGGCAGAUCCCAAAGUGGUCCAGUAUAUCUGGGCAGCAAUUGAAGUAAUCCGUAAUCAAAAACAAAUUGCAAAUAUGGACCGUAUAUCAAAGUAUCUGUCUCGAGUAUUUGGUAUGCACCCAAAAGAGACCACACGACAGUUGAGUCUGGCUGUUAAAGAUGGGCUUGUGGUUGAAACACUGACAGUAGGCUGUAAGGGUUCCAAGGCUGGAAUAGAGCAGGAAGGAUACUGGCUACCAGGAGACGAGAUUGAGCAGUACACAGAAGGAAGGAAGGUUAAGCUCCUUAAAGAAGGAAAGAAGAACACGGAGGAUGACCUGUACUAUGGGAGAUCUCAGACAGCCACAGAUCCAGUAAUGGACUGGGAGACAGAAAAACAUGACUGGUACUGCUUUGAAUGUCACCUCCCAGGGGAUGUUCUUAUGUGUGACUCGUGCUCUCGUGUCUACCACACCAAAUGUCUGCCUGAUGAAUUCAAGCCUAGGGACAACAGCUCACACUGGCAUUGCAUUGUGUGCAGGAGUGCUAAGAAGAAGAGUCUUAAUAAGCAAGAAAUGACCAAGUAUCUUCGGUUUAUAGUGCAACGCAUGAGGGAAAGGGCAGUAGACCUGAAUAAAAAAGGAAAAGAUAACAAGCAUCCAAUGUACAGAAGACUAAUCUACACACCACUGGAGGUUUCAAAUAUACAGGAGAAUGUCAAUGAAGGCAAGUACAAAAGUUUUGAAGAGUUCAAAGCAGAUGCCCAGUUGAUUGUACACAAUACAGCAAUUUUAUAUGGAGUUAAUAGUGACGAAGCCGAAGUAGCUAAACUACUUUACAGUGACACAUGUCAUGAGCUUAAUGAGCUGCAGCUUUGCAAAAACUGUUUUUAUCUUUCAAAUGCACGGCCUGAUAGCUGGUUUUGCUACCCUUGUAUGCCAAAUCAUGAAUUGGUAUGGGCAAAGAUGAAAGGAUUUGGUUACUGGCCUGCGAAAGUCCUACAAAGAGAAGACAAUCAAGUAGAUGUCAGGUUCUUUGGUCACCAGCACCAGAGAGCCUGGAUUCCUUCAGAAAAUAUUCAAGACAUAACAGUGAAUGUCCAUCAGCUGCAAGUUAAGCGAAGCAUGGGCUGGAAAAAAGCUUGUGAUGAGUUAGAACUUCACCAGCGUUUUUUACGGGAAGGGAGGUUCUGGAAGACAAAAAUGGAGGAUAGACAUGAGGAAGAAGCAGAGUCAAGUAUCUCAUCCACCAGCAAUGAACAGCUGAAAGUCACCCAAGAACCCAAAGCAAAAAAGAGUCGUAGGAGUCAACAUUUGGAGCCCAAGGAAGAGGACCCAGAGCCAGAAAUUGAAGCAGUUAGCUCAAGCCAAGAAAUUCCCACAACACCACACCAGCCUGAAAAAGUAUCUGUUUCAACUCAGACCAAAAAAUUAAGUGCCUCCUCCCCAAGAACAAUACAUCGGAGCACUCAAACCAAUAAUGAUGGAGUGUGCCAGAAUAUGUGCCAUGAAAAGUACACCAAAAUUUUCAAUGAUGUUAAGGAAAGAAUGAAAGCUGAUAACAAGAGGGAAACCGAAAGAGUGGUCAGAGAAGCAUUAGAAAAGUUACGUGCUGAGAUGGAGGAAGAAAAACAUCAGGCAGUCACCAAGGCAGUGACUAACACACAAGCUGAAAUGGACAGAAAAUGUAAACAGGUGAAAGAAAAAUGCAAAGAAGAGCUAGUUGAAGAAAUCAAGAAAUUGGUUUCACAGCACAAGCAACUAAUUUCUCAAACAAAGAAAAAACAGUGGUGUUAUAACUGUGAAGAAGAAGCCAUGUAUCACUGCUGCUGGAACACAUCCUACUGCUCUAUUAAAUGCCAGCAGGAGCAUUGGCAUGCAGAACACAAAAGAACUUGCCGCAGGAAAAGAUGAAGUCCAUUUUCCUUUUUUUUUUUUUUCCUUUUAUUAUCCAUCAAUCAGUGACUCACUGUGUCAACUGCUUCUUUUGCAGCAGUGUUUUAUGAACACAAAUUGAGUUAUUUCUUUUAUGAACUCAUAUUUGCACCAGCCUAAACACGCGUACUAAAAACUUUGCACAAUGUUGCCACACACUUGCAUUUUUACAUAUAUAUGUAUAUAUAAAUUGAUAUACAUAUAUUUCAAAUCUUUAAAAAUGCUCGGUAACAUUAUUUACGCUCAUUAAGAUCAGGAUGCAAAAGGCAUUGUUUAAUGUGUGCAGUGGAAAAUCAUUUUUUACCGGUGUUUACCUUUGUUGUUGAAUGUGUUAUUUAUGUAUGUUGCUAAUGAUAAGCAUAUGCACACAUAAAAAAAUCAUUUUAUUACCUUGAUUUUUUUAUAGAUCUUUUCUUACUGUUAAAUAUAAAAAUAAUAAAUUAAAAAAAAAAAAAACUAAUAGAACAAUCUAGUAGCAGAAAGGUGGAAUUUUAAUGAAUACAUGUUAGCUUUUCAAAAUUGCUUUUAACAAAAUACUGCUUUUCUCAAUGGUGAUGUCUGACCUUAAUAGCCCCUGUGUAAGGUGAGUAGAAUAUUGGUUAAUAUCCAUUGGUUUAUAUUCAAGAUUGUAAUUAAAAUAGGGAACAGGGUUAUUAAUGGCAGUUAAGACACUGUCAGAAAUCAUUUAAACAUUUGUGUACUUUUUUCUUUUAAAUGUUGUCUGUUUUUUAUGCAAAUAUUCAAAAUGAUCUUCUGAGCUACAGAUCUGGGGAAUAUAGGAAUCUUACCUGAGCUGGAUCUUAGAGAAGGUUUUAAACUUAUGUCAUGUUUUACUGUUUGCACAUUCUUUUUUUUCUUAACCCCUAAAGCAUGUAUAAUAGCCAAAUGUCAUGCUAACAAAAAGCGACAAUGCUUAUUUCCAUUUUAUUUUUACACAGUUACCAUUGUUAUAUUGUGAUAUUAAAAGCAUUACGUUGUAGAGGACAUUAUGUUACAUGAUAUGUAGAAGACAACUAGGAAACUUAAUUCACAAAUGCUGUUUGCUGCUUCUAGUCAGUGUUUGGUGCCUCUGUCUUAUGUUUAUUUCCUACUUUUUUCCAGUUCCAUUAUUAUAUGCAGAAUGAAGAAAUGUGCAUGUUGGUAAAUGUGUCAGAAUUGUUCUGAAUUUAAGGUUCAAAAUGCAGACAUGUAAGGAUGGACAAAUAUAAAAUGUACCAAUCAUUUGCCGUGAUACAUUAUGGAGCUUUUUGCUGGUAUUAACCAGUGAAAUAUAUAUUAGUAAGGGCGGUAAAAACAUUAAAUUGAUGAUAUUAAUGCAUUUUACAUAGGUUAGCAAUGAAAACAAAACUGCAAAUAAAGUCAAACUUUGUAUUAUUUAUUUAUUUAUUUACUUAUUUAUUUUUCCCUAAAUCAUUGUAAUAUCUUUGAAUCAUUUCUGCACAACUAUUGAAUUCUGACAUAUCUAUCGUUUGUUAGUCAAGGAGUGUUGGCAGUGUCUACAGAUACCAUGUAACAUCAUAGUUUCUGUAGGUGUUAAGUCAAAUUUUAAUACAUUUUCUGUAAUCUGUAUCAAACAUCAUUAGCAUUUGCUUAAGCAUAUAAGUUUGUUACAUUAGCAGUAUGUGUUGUCACAUUAUUUACAGUGUCAGACUGCUGCUUUUUGUCCAACCGUUUUUAUGCUUCCUAUGCUAUGCCCUGAGCAAAACUGCUUGCCUUGCCUGUAAGUUCAUUAACAAUUACUUAAUGGAGAGAGAGAGAAAUAAUGACUAUUUUCUAAUUUUCAGUAAGCAGCAAGUCUUUAACUGACAUUCACUUAAUGUAUUCUUUCAUUGGUUUUAUUUUUAAAUCUAAACAUGUAAAAAAUAAGUACAACUCUAGUAAACCCAAAAUGUAGCAGUGGUUGUCCUAGGCAAAUCUCUGUGCUUCACAAAAAGUAGGCCUGAGCAGUUAAUUUGUUUAGCUGAACAAGUACAGCAAGUGCAAUGAUAUGAUUCUAGCUGCUUUGUCCCUAACCCAAUAGAAGUUAAAAUGUAAUAUUAUCCAUUUUUAUGCUGAAUAUAAUGUUUCAUACAUUCUGAUAUGGAAAUGAAUUUCCAAUGAAACUCAAGAUUUCAUUGUGGUUUAUUUCUUUCGUGUGUAUUCUGUACAUUUUUUUCCUUUAGUUUAAUUGGUUGUUCACAUUUGUGCUUGUUCAUGGCAAAUUUUGCACCUUUCAGAAUUUAUUUACAGCAAUAUGAAUGCAAAUUGCCAUCAUGUACACAAAUAUUAUGAAAGCACAUAAUGUUAGGUGUUGUGCAGUAGUAAUACAUGCAGACCAAAGUGUAAUUCAGCUAAGAGUUCAGAAAGAUUAUAGCCUCUAAUUAAAAGAUUUGGUAAAAUGGAAGUUGUUAGCCACUGCCAACCUCCAGGACCAGUGUUUGAAUCCAAGCUUUAAUUCCUGUACAUGACUGAUUUUAGUUUUCAUUUAAAAAUAUUGCUCUUCCUCUGGCCUAUACUAUAUAUUUGUAAGACAAUCAAAAUUCUGAUAUUUUUUGAGAAUUAAGAAUUUUAUUUUAUUUUUUUUAAUGUCUUCUUUUAAUACUUCUAAAACUUAAAACUUUUACAAUUAAAAAUUAAGGGUCCUGAUUACCAGGUGCCUAUAAUACUAAUUUUCAUUUGCUUCUGUUUAAAAAAAAACAUUAUGGCCUGCAACUGCAUUUCCCUUGGGAUUAAUACUUUAUCUAAUUUAAAGAAGGCCAGAACAAUAAUAUUUAUAAUAUAAUGAUGGUACACAUUCAAAAUACAAGCUAACCAACAAGGGAUGAAAACUGUAGUAUCGUUAUAUUUUUUUAUAUUCACCUUCAAAGUCAGAUAUUGGGAUCGGGACAGUAAUUAGACCACUUUUUUUUGUUAAAUUAUUUAAAAAUUUAAAAAAACAGCGCUGAACCUAAUUUAAAUGAACCACACUUUAAGGCCGAUACAACCCAAAUUUGAAACCAUUUUUUUUUUCUUCUGUAAUUUUUUCCUACCAUCAAGUUAUUAAUAGUAUAGAGUAUAUUCAUAAUAUUUGUUUGAAUAGCAUGAUGGUCCUAAUCAUUUGUCAGUAUAGAAAAUUAAUUGUUUUCUUUCCCACUUUCUGAUAUUUCAUUGUCAAUUUUCAAAAAAGCAUAGGUGCUUAUCAAUAUAUAUCUACAACUGUUAUUUAAAGUACAUAAGUAAUUACAUUUUAUGUAGGGUAGAGCAGGACAGUACUUGAAUUGGACUUGUAUGCCAUGUUAUGCUGUUUGAUACAAAGUAGAGGUAAACUAAAAGAUCAGUUAACUCUUGAAUAAAAAUUGAAUGACCAAUAAGUUUGAGUUCUCACAUUCCAAAACAAAUACAUUAUGUAACAUGCUAUUCUCAAACACACUUAAUCAAAUUCUGAGUUGUGAGAAUAUGAGCCUAGCCUGGCACCAUUAGAUGCAAGGCAAGAUCCAAUCAUAUAUUCCUUUGUGCCAGUCCAUCUAUGUGAACACUCUCUUAAACAUUUGCUUUGUUUCCUGCUUAGACCUGUGACAACCUGAGCGGUCAUACAUGUGUUUUCUCAAACUAUUCUUGUUUCCUCCCACACCUUAAACAUUGCAUGGGUUUGUACAUGACUCUGACCUGUUAUUGCUUGUAGAGUCUUCUGCUGGGUUAGUUCUUGCCUUUUUCCAAGUGCUGCUGCAAUAGCCAUCAGCUCCCUACAUUAUUCUACUGGAUAGAGGAGGUUAAGAAAAUUAAUGAACAUUAGAGUCUGAUUUAUCACAUUACAUCUUGGCCUGCAUGUGCACUCUUCUAAGUAAAACAUUGAUUAUUACAACCUUUUUAUCUCAGCAGAAAAUAGAAUACAAAAGUGUGCAGUAAUAUCCUUAGUUGUAUUAAAAAGAUGGAUUACAAAUUAUAUGCUAUCUUGUAUACUUUCUCCAAAAAAAUCCAGCUUUUACAAAAAGCAAUACAACCAAAAUGGCUUGUGACAUUUUGUCAUGCUGUGGUUGUCACAGGGCAUGGCUCAAGUCCAGAUGGAAUUCUUUCAAAAUGUGUUAAAAUGUUGUUGUGACAACUUUAGUUUAAAUGACACCAAGAUGGGCAAAAUAAAGCAGAUUUGUCAUUGUCAUGUUAAUUGUAGUUCUUAGAAUGGUGGUGCCGUUUCCCACCUCUGUUGCAUCCUAGCUGAUAUUCAAACUGUAACACCACAAGAUAGAAAGUAGCAUUACAGGUUUAUAAAUAAUCAAACCUUAAAUGUUUGCUUAUAGGAGGCAUAGUAAUAUAUUCUUUAAUUCUUAGUUUAUUAAUACUUUGUAAAGUCAUCUGAUUUUAUAUAUAUAUAUAUAUAUAUAUAUAUAUAUAUAUAUAUAUAUAUAUAUAUAUAUAUAUAAUUUCUCAUUUGGGCCAUGAAGUGGGAAUCUUCCUAGUCUCUCUUCAUUCAAAAACGUAGUUUUCAGUCAUGUCUGACAAGAUGGUGAGCUAUUCUUCCAUUAUGAAAUGUGUGGACUUUUUUAAUGCAAUUUUCAUCUUCCAUGGAGAGCAUUUCUUCCUAUGCAAUGAGAUACAUGUGUGUUGAGGAAUACAGGGCAUUCACCUGUUUAAUUUCCUUUUUUAAAUAACAGUUGGACAUUUAGAUGCUCCAAUAAAAUGUAGGCUUCAGUAUGACAGCUAUUUUUUAGCUUGGUUGAGCUUUUUGUCACCUGUGGAAGAGUACUGAUGAUAAUGAGGUUACUCAUACUAAGCAGCUUAACAUACAGUGCAAAACACAAACUAAAAAUAUUUUCCCUGCUUAUAAAUAUUUUAUAUUUCACCAAGCCAAGUUACCAUUUAUAAAUAUGCCUGUGUCACCCUACAGACCCAAUCACAAUAUUGCUGACUCUCAGAAGCCCUCUUGAAGGUGCCAGAUCUCCAUAUGUGCUCCUCUGAAGUCUGCACGCCACUCAGGUUCAAAGUACUCCAGCACCCCUGCUGCUGCUGCUGAAAGCUCAAGAAUGUGGAAGUCUCGGAGAUGUUUUAAAGUAGCGGUCUUUUUCAAUCUUAAGCUCAUGGUGCUCGUGAAAACCCCUUGUACAGCACUUCCUGUAGUUGCAAUUUUAGGUGUCGUUUCAGAUGAAUGAAAGGAAUUUUACAAUUUUAGCUGGUAUUCACCCAAAUUAUAGUCGCUAAUUAACCUAAAUUGACAGCCUUUGUUUGUACUGUUGGAGAAAUACCGGAGUACUGAGAAAAAAAUCCCAGAUAGACAUGAAAACUUGCAAAAUUCAUACAUGCAGUGUCAGGUUCAGGAUACAAACCAGGACUUGGAGCGAUAUGGCAAUAGUAGCACCAUUCUGCCACCCAUUCUUUAUUCUUCAAAAAUUGCUUAAAAUCAUCUUCUACAGGAUUACUGUUCAUAUUUUGACUGCAAACAACAUUUAUCAUGUGUCUUCCCUGCUAAUAUGAUGGACAAAUAAGUGUUAAAGUGUCAGUUUGACUCUCCCAGCACAGAAUUACUGUUUGCUUGUGCACACGUUGUCCACAAUAAACAUUAGACAGGAGUGAAAUAUUUGUAAACAAGAAAAUUACAUUAAAUUACAAGAAGUACAUUCCUCCCAUUAGUGAACUGAAUUUGUAAAGAAUUGUGAUAUUCAUGGAAGUUCAAGAAAUCAAAAGGCGCAGUUCCACCACUCAUCACAGUAAUCUUUCAUCAUUUCAGAACUGACCCAGUGGUGAUACAGUAAUUAUACUCUUAACUAAAAGAGGUUAUCAAAUAGUAAAUAAAAUAAUGCAGCAAAGUAGCUAUUAUAUAUAAAUUCCUACACAGAUUAGUUUUAUUUUUUUAAAUAGUGUUAUGAAUUUGUUUGAAAAUGCUUAAAGUAGUUAUUCUGGUUGAUUACUGUAGCUGCACCCCAAUUAAGUUUUAUUCCCAGUUUAUUAUUAUUAUUUUUGACGUUCAUUUAAAGAUACGUUGGAGCGUUACUUUGUAACAGCCAUGGAGUUCCAGAUAUGUCACCGCAAAGGGC